UCUCUCUCCGGGCCGCAGGGCUGCUUUGAGUCAUGUGACGGGGAGGGAGGAAGAUGGCUGCGGAGGCGCAGGUGGACUUCUCGGCCCUGCAGAGCUUGCUGAAGGCCUCCUCGAAAGAUGUCGUCAGACAGCUGUGUCAGGAGAGCUUUUCCAGCUCAGCUCUUGGCUCCAAGAAACUCCUGGACAUCACUUGUUCCAGUUUGUCAGUGACCCAGGAGGAGGCAGAUCAACUGAUCCGUGCCCUGCACCGCCUCACCAGGCUGGCGGCCUAUCAGGACCUGACUACCGGGGAGGAGAUUCUUGCUCUCUUCCCUGAAAACUUCCACCAAAACCUCAAAAACCUGUUGACGAAAAUCAUCAUGGAGCACGUGCCUGCAUGGAGGAAGGAGGCCCAAGCCAAUCAAAUCUCCUUGCCUCGACUCGUUGACUUGGACUGGAGAGUAGAUGUCAAGAUGGCGUCCGACAGCAUCACCCGAAUGGCCGUGCCCACCUGCCUGCUCCAGAUGAAGAUCCAGGAGGAUGCCAGCCUGUGUGGGGACAAGCCCGCUAUCUCAGCCGUCACCAUGGAGCUGAGCAAGGAGACGCUGGACACCAUGUUGGACGGCUUGGGCCGGAUUCGGGACCAGCUCUCGGCUGUGGCCAAUAAGUGAGCCUCGCUCCUGCUGGCACCCCUGCUGCCCCCAGGGGCCUGGAGAGCACCUGGGGCACCCUUGCUGGGAAAGGGGGUUCACCAGGUAUGGUGCUGACCAGAAGGAAGCUGGACUGUACGGGGCGCUCAGACCGCUCACCCAAGCUCAUCCUCUCAUCAUACUUCCUCUUCUUCCCUUUGUUUUCUCUUCACAUCAAUGACCAAAGGGCUCCCUUUCCCAGAGGCUCUGGUGCUGGUUGUCAAUAUGGGGGCAGCAGGAGGGAGGGCACAAGGGCUACUGGCUGCAGUCCUGCCUCUGGGGCGAUGAGGGACAGGGCUGCAGGGCCGGACCGAGGGGCUGCGGGGCCGGACCGAGGGGCUGCGGGGCCAGACUGAGGGGCUGCGGGGCCGGACCGAGGGGCUGCGGGGCCGGACCGAGGGGCUGCGGGGCCGGACCGAGGGGCUGCGGGGCCGGACCGAGGGGCUGCGGGGCCGGACCGAGGGGCUGCGGAGCCGAUCGAGAAGCUUCAGAGCUGGCUGGACGCAGCUUUGGCCCAGUCUCUUGGGGGGGACGGAGCUCCAAGCACCUCACACCCUGCGUCCAUGUCAGCUCCAGAGUGGGCUGCAGUUGGCUUCUGGCGAGCGGGACCCUUGGGCCACACUGGGCCCUGCAGGCUGAGCCUGGAGCAGAGUCUCUGUGGCCGGGCUCCCCGGGCAGCCUCAGAAAUGCUGCUGGAGGUGAGGGGCGAGCCCGGGGCAAGCUCGGGGCUCUCCUCUGUGCUCAGAGCAGGCUGUCUCUGUCGGAUCUGAAGGCCAUUGGGAAUAAACGUCAGUGCUGAAAGCUG